UUCCCGACAGUCUCACUCUUCCCGCCAUCAUAUUUACGGCGAGAAAGUUUCUUUCCGAACGUGUACGUGAUGGCGGAGAGGGUUUGGCAUGUAUGAAAUAUCAGCUCCAUCAUAAUUCCAGAUAUGAGAUUCCAAAAUCGUAUGUAAGUACCUGAAAACGUUUUGUGUUCACAAUCUAGCCACACUUUGACACGGCUACAUGCACACACCACCAAUUUGUUUCAAAACCUCGAUCAUUUAGCCACUUCAAAAAUUUUAAAUUAUGAUUUUACGUCGAGGUUCUAGAACUAAAUUCAUAAGCACACCUAAGUGCGAGACGUUUGACUUACUAAAUGAAAGAGUGCAACUAUCACGUGUCAACUGUAGAUCGAAACGUGACGUUUUUCGAUUUCUGCAUGAUGACAGAUUUGCUGUCACUGGUCCAUCUACUGUAGAGAUCAUCAGAUCAACCUCUAUUAUAGUAUAUACGUUAUGUUUGUUUGUAUGCUACCAAAUAGAUAACUGUUUGGCAUUUUGUAUGUUUGCAGCUAGGUUGGUUGCCCUGGCAGUGUUGCUGUGAGCGCUGGCUCACAGAGGUUUGUAACGUCAUGUAUCCUCUCAUUGUAAUUGGGAUUUUAAUAACGGCAAACUUACUGCAAUUUGCAUCUUGUCUAAGUCGAUCUCGGCCAUUCUAUGGAACUGCUCCAGGACAUGUACAAACCAGAACAGAAGUGAACUGCACUGAUCCAGACAGACAUGUCAACAUGUGUUCGAAUCCUAUUUCAUCCUACUUGUUGUUGGACAUAAUGUAUGCUCUCGGUUACUUUUAUACUCUUUAUAUCUUCCGUUAUAACGAGGAGGAGAUCGAGAGCGUGGAAACGUUGAUAACAAACAUAUUUCGUCUGAAUACUGCUGGGACAAACAACAAAAUUAGACCACCAAAGAAAACACUGCGGGCAAUUUUGAUAUUUGGAAUUAUUUGGGUGUUACUUCAGUGUGUCACCAAUAUUCUUGUCAUUGUGGCUCGGAUUCUGGAUUGCCACGUAACUGCAAAAGGAAGAGUAGGCUUCAGUACGUGGAUCGCGGUAGGAGGUGAAUUGCCUAUUACUGUCAUGUAUGUUUUGACCGUACUCGUUGUGCUUGGAUUUAUUGGCAUGGACAUGAUGUUCCUGGCAGUGUCUGCCAACUAUGGGGCACAAUGUGAGAUGCUAAUCUUUCUAUUUCGAUGUUUUAAUGAGAAAAUUCAAGCGAGGGCCAUCCCACUUGAGGAAGCCAAGAAGGAGUAUCACCGAAUUGGCAAGUACAUAGACUCUUUGGGUAAACGCUUUGCGGUUGCGAUGUCCCUAAUGGAGGUGAUCUUUAUUGCACAAGCAGUUGUGUCAUUCAUUUCUUUGUAUGAUGUGAAGAACAGCGCCACAAACGGUACAACGGAAAAACUUUUCUUUACUGUGGGAAUGUCGUAUGUCUUUCUCUGGUUUGUAAUCGCAAUGUUUCCCCUAACUCAGGCAGCUAGGCUAAACAGUGCUUGCAAUACUACAGUACAAGUGCUGUUGGAUGUAUGCGUUUUUCACUACCGGGAUGCAUCACAAUCGGACAUCAACUUGUUUAUUUCAUACAUGACCUUACACAGUAAACAGACCAAGGCAAGACUGUUCUAUUUGCCCAUCUAUAUUGGCCAUAUUUUUGGUUUGCUGGCGGUUGCCUUUACUGUGUUCGUACCUCUGUCUGAGCUUGAUAUUAUCAAGUUUAGACUCUGGUAGCUCAAGAAUUACGCAAGCGAUAGCUGGACGUCUUUCUUGUAGUAGUUGACUGGUGUGUUGUAUGCCAGUUUUAGUGUUAAAUGUGCAAACUUGCGAACUCGUGCCCCGAGUUAGUAAGUCGUGUAGGUGGCUCUGCUGUCGUCUGUUAGCAGUUAGCUCUUGAGGCAGUGCACUAGUUACCACUGUCGUACAUGACUGAGUAUACUGAUUGUAAACGUUUUGCUGUUGCUAUAGUAUAUUGGAAAACGUAAAUCGAAUGUCUAUAAUUAGCUGACCAGUCUACCAACAAGCUUGUCUGU